UCGUAAAUACUAUAUGCAAAUACAAAAUUAAAAGUUAAUCAAAAUAUAGAACAAGUGCGGCGAUAGUUGCACAAUACUCCAGUACCAUAAUUAAAUUGCGUUUCGUGACGCACGAAAUCGAUUGCGUAGCAAGACAAACAACACAAACACGAUACAAAAAAAAGUGGUGCAACGGGAACAGCGACACAAAUAAAAUUUACGUACGCUGCGUAAUUGCUGAGAUCUAGAACAAUUACACAAAUAAUUAACAGACAGUUGAGUGCGCGAUUUGUCAAGGAAAUGGGCAUAUUCGGACAAUCGUCGCCUUUCGACACCGAUGUGGAAAAGGCCACCAGUGAGACAAAUACGAAUGAGAACUGGUCUCUUAUACUGGAUGUAUGCGACAAAGUGACGACAAAUCCGCGCACUGCCAAGGAUUGCCUCAAGGCGGUGAUGAAACGCAUGGGCCAUGCGGACCCUCAUGUGGUAAUGCAGGCCAUCACUCUGCUGGAUGCUUGUGCCAAUAAUUGCGGCAAGCCGUUUCACUUGGAAGUGGCUUCACGUGAAUUUGAAACUGAAUUUAGACGUUUGCUGGGCAAGGCGCAGCCAAAGGUUUCUCUGAAAAUGCGCCAAGUUUUGAAGAAUUGGGCAGAGAACGACUUCAAGAAUGAUCCGGAGUUGAACCUAAUACCCACACUGUAUACCAAGUUGCGUAUCGACGGCUACGAUUUCAGCAAUUUGAAUGACAAGUCCACUAAGUCGGCAGCAGCUAAGGCAGCAAGUUUGCCCAAGGAUCCGAAUGUGGUGAGCAGCCAGCAAGAGGAAGAUGAUAUAGCCAAGGCGAUUGAACUGUCACUAAAGGAAACCAAGCAGAGUCCCAAGCUGCAGAGUUCCAGCAGCGGUUCCAAUGGUGGUACUGCUAGUAGCGCCACCAGCUCAGUUUCUACUGCCUAUCCCUCGCUCUAUCCAUCGUUUGGUGGCGGUGGAAGCAGUGGUGGAGGCGGCGCUGCUGCACAGAGUAGUGUGUCCAGCAAUGGUGGAAGUGCUGCAGGAGCUACAACUGCUCCCGAGCCACGCAAAGUGCGUGCGCUCUACGAUUUCGAGGCGGCCGAGGAGAACGAGUUGACCUUCUUUUCUGGUGAAAUUAUACAUGUGCUGGAUGAUAGCGAUCCCAACUGGUGGAAGGGCUUCAAUCAACGUGGUGAGGGUCUGUUCCCCUCCAACUUUGUCACUGCGGAUCUGUCCGUGGAUCCGGAACGCUUAGACAUCAAUCAGCAGCAUAAAUCAGCGGCCGCUCAAAAAGAGGACGAAGCGGCACGCGAGCUGCAACUAAAGACUGAAGCUGCUGCCGCUGCGGCGGCCAAUCAACCGGUGGAGAUAGAUGAGACAAAAAUUGAUCGACUGCUGCAUUUGCUGCACGAAGCCAAUCCCGAGGAUCCCUCAACGGAUAGCGAAGAAAUGCUGCGUCUCGAGCAGGAGGUCCAUCAAAUGGGUCCGCUCAUCGAUGCCGAAUUGGAGCGUGUCGAUCGCAAGCAUGCUCAGUUGACCCAAUUGUCCAGUGAUCUGGUCGAUGCCAUCAAUUUAUAUCACUCGCUAAUGCGUGAUGAUCGAGCUAUGGCGGCGCCUUUUCCUGCCACCUCUGCAAACGUGGCUACUGGUGGUUUUAUGCCCGGCGGUUUUCCCGGAGCUGCUUUAUAUGGCGCGCCUGGCUAUCCAAAUGCUGGUGGUUUUGCACCGCAGAACUUUGGCAUGCAGUCGUUGCCCUAUGCGCCAGUAACAAGCGCCACAGCAAGCACCACAGCGCCGUCAACUGGCUACGCGCCACAGAUACCCAUGCCAUACCAGAACGGCCAUGCGCCGCAGUUGAAUUCGCUGCCGCCACAUCUGACACAGCCACCUGCUGCUGCGCCACAGUCCAUUUACAGCUCACCCACAUCAGCUGUCAGCACUCAACAAUCCACACAACCGCAGCCAAACUAUCACGGAAUGCUGCCGACAGAGCAGCAACCACAUGCGCUUCCACCGCAGUUUACAAAUGCAGCAGGACCACCGCAGGCCACACAAAUGCCAUUGCCGCCACAGCAUUACAUGUCGCCGCAGCAUCAACCACCGCCGCAGCAGGCUUACAUGCCUGGACAAGCGCAACCACCACAACAGCAACAACCAACCCAAACACAACCCCAACACCAGCCCCAGCUAUAUGCCACAAAUGGAUUACCAGCAGCACCACAGAAUUAUAUGCCACCACAGCAACAAUCACAGCAGCAGCAACAAGCGCCGGCACCACCCCCAACACACCACAUACACAACGAUCAAUUUAGUCAGCUGCAACAGCAAAUGGCCGCUAUGACGAUGAGCCAGCAUGUGGGUAUGCCGCCUCAGGGCGCUCCCACCAAUUUUCACAUUCAAAACGAUGCCGUCAAGAGCAACAACAUUCCUAUCUAUCAGCAGCAGCGGUAAGACCGAGGCUUCAACCAAAUCCAUGCGCAUCCUUCAAUAAGUUGCUUUAAAUUGUCUGAAACUUUGUUUCCUAAACGGUUUCGUUUCGUUUAAAAAUAAUGACAAACAAUUGUACCGAAAUAUGCAAAAAGGUUUUUCUAUUUAAUGCAAUUGCAGCGGCAACUAAAUUGUAACAAUUCAAAAAACAAUGUCUUGCAGCGCAAGAGCUUUAAUAUUUGCUGCAUUGUGCAAACUAAUAAUCUUUGUUUAUAAUUUCCCAGUUUCCUUUUCUCCGGCAAACUUCUAAGUUAAAAUCAAAUAGAUUGCCGAUAGAUUACAUUAAAUACUAUUCUAUGUUAUAACUCUUUUAAUUCUUAUUCCCUUUUGUUUAUUUCUGUGCGAUAAUUUGUGAAGCGCAAAGCUACGAUUUUUAAACGAUGUGUGCAAAAGCGAAAAAGAAAUGUUUUAUGCUAUACAUAUAUAAAUAAUUAAUCACACAGCUACCAUAUGAAUAUUCUACUUAUAUUAUAAAACUUUACAUUGAGCGCGAAUGGCGCUAAAACUGAAUGAAAUCACUAUUAUGUAUGUAUUAUGUUUAUUGUACGUUUAUUGAUAUGAAUAAUUAACGAAACGAAUCAUUCAUUAUGCAGAUUUAACUACGUAAACAUUACUGGCGGAAAGAUUAAAUUGAUAAAUUACUAACUAAA